UAAUCAGACAGAAGAGAAAAGAUUGACGUCGUGCACAUGAAUAUGGCGAAGAUAGUGUGUGGUACGAGUCUUUUUGUUGUGAUACGUGCUAUUUUCUAACUUACCAUGUUCGAAAAUGGAUAGCUAUGUGAUCAUUUAUACAAAGAAAGUGUGAUAAUAGUGUAAAUAUAUAUUUUGUGUUAAUAAAUUAAUAAAGAGAAGUCAGAAUGUCUACAGAUAAAAUAAAAGUGGCAGUCAGAGUCCGUCCUUUCAAUCGAAGAGAAUUGGAAUUGGGGACAUUAUGCGUUGUGGAAAUGGAAAAAGAUCAAACAAUACUUCGACAGCCAAAUACUUUAGACAAAAUAGAAAGGAAGCAGGUUAACAAGACCUUCGCAUUUGACCACUGCUUCAACUCUGUGGACUCCACGAAGGAAAAUUUUGCAUCUCAGGAAGUUGUUUUCGACUGCCUUGGAAGAGACAUUCUUGAAAAUGCUUUUCAAGGAUACAAUGCAUGUAUCUUUGCCUACGGCCAAACUGGAUCGGGAAAGUCCUACACGAUGAUGGGGUCUCAGGAUAAUAAGGGUAUCAUUCCACGUUUGUGCGAUUCGCUUUUCGCCAAAAUAAACAAUCAACAGAGCUCGGAGCUCUCGUACAAGGUGGAAGUGAGCUAUAUGGAGAUCUAUAACGAGAAGGUGCACGAUUUGCUGGAUCCCAAGACGAACAAGCAAUCGUUGAAAGUGCGAGAACACAACGUGAUGGGGCCUUAUGUCGAUGGAUUAUCGCAGCUGGCUGUGACAUCGUUCCAGGACAUUGAUAACCUGAUGGCAGAGGGAAACAAAUCACGUACGGUAGCUGCCACAAAUAUGAACAGCGAAUCGUCAAGAUCGCACGCUGUUUUCACCGUUAUACUCACCCAAACCUUGACAGAUGAAAAAACGGGCGUGUCUGGAGAAAAAGUCAGCAGGAUGUCGUUGGUGGAUUUGGCCGGCUCGGAAAGGGCGGUGAAAACUGGUGCGGUUGGAGAACGACUCAAAGAAGGCUCUAACAUAAAUAAAUCUUUGACAACUUUAGGCUUAGUUAUCUCCAAGUUGGCCGAUCAAUCGUCGGGUAACACGAAAAAUAAAGACAAAUUCGUACCAUAUCGAGAUUCCGUUUUGACGUGGCUGCUGAAGGACAACUUGGGCGGUAACAGUAAAACUGUUAUGGUGGCGACAAUUUCGCCGGCAGCUGAUAAUUUCGAAGAAACGUUAUCUACGCUCCGGUACGCCGACAGGGCAAAGAGGAUCGUCAACCAUGCUGUUGUCAACGAGGAUCCUAACGCUAGAAUAAUCAGGGAGUUGAGGCAAGAAGUGGAGGCGUUGAAAGAGAUGUUGAAGCAUGCUACUGGUUCACCGGUGGAUGAUCCUCAGAGUGUCAUUCAUCAAAAACUGAGCGAAAGCGAAAAAUUGUACAAAGAAGUAUCACAGACGUGGGAGGAAAAAUUGAUGAAAACUGAACGGAUUCAGAACGAGAGACAACAGGCAUUGGAGAAGAUGGGUAUAAGCGUUCAAGCGUCUGGGAUAAAAGUGGAGAAGAAUAAAUAUUAUUUAGUAAAUUUGAACGCCGAUCCCUCACUAAACGAAUUAUUAGUGUAUUAUUUAAAGGAGAAAACAGUUGUUGGUGCGAAAGUUGACGGAGUAGGCCCUGAGCCAGAUAUCCAACUGUCUGGUCUCGGAAUACAGCCAGAACACUGUAUAAUAACGAUCGAAGAUGGCGAACUGUUUCUCGAGCCACUAACCAACGCACGUUCUUUCAUAAACGGAUCUCAGGUUACUCAAAGGACACAACUCAGGCAUGGCGACAGAAUCGUUUGGGGCAACCACCACUUCUUCAGGGUGAAUUGCCCACGAUCAGUCUCUGCCACUUCAGAACCCCAAACCCCAGCACAAAAUAUCGACUACAAUUUUGCGCGUGAUGAACUGAUGCUGAACGAAAUGAGCAACGCCCCCAUCCAGGCUGCUAUAGCGCGGCUGGAAAAACAACACGAAGAAGAUAAACAAGUUGCCCUCGAGAAACAACGCUUGGAAUUCGAAAGACAAUUCCAGAAGCUCCGAAGCACAAUGUCCCCCUCCACACCAUAUCCCCCUUAUUCGGACGAUCCGUUGAGGUUCGGUAAGGCGACGCCUUGCACGCCCACCACACAGAUGCGGGUCGAAAAGUGGGCGCAGGAGAGGGACGAAAUGUUCAAACGGAGUAUAGGCCAAUUGAAAACCGAUAUAUUGCGCGCUAACGCUCUGGUACAAGAGGCUAAUGUCCUGGCCGAAGAAACUGGCAGGCAGACGAAGUACAGCGUGACCCUUCAAAUACCCCCUGCUAACCUUAGUCCGAAUAGGAGGAAAGGAGCGUUUGUGAGCGAGCCUGCUAUAUUGGUGAAACGUGGAAAUUCUAGUCAAGUAUGGUCCAUGGAAAAGUUAGAAAAUAAAAUAAUCGAUAUGAGGGAAAUAUAUGAUGAACAGAUGGAAAGUAACGGUGUCACAAUAGAAGAACCGGUGUCUCCAUCUUGUGAUCCCUUUUUCGAGUCUCAAGAGAACCACAAUUUGAUAGGUGUAGCAAAUAUAUUUUUAGAAGCUCUAUUUCAUGAUGUCAAACUUGAUUAUCAUACUCCUAUUAUAAGUCAACAAGGAGAAGUCGCUGGUCGACUGCAGGUGGAAUUAAGUAGAGUGCAGGGCACUCUCCCGCAAGACAGAAUAAGCGAAGCAGCUUCAGACAUAUCUUCAGAUAGUAGCAACGACGAAGAUGAUUCAUCAACUACCUCAACAGUUACCUGUCGUGUACACAUCAAACAAGCCUCGGGCUUACCUUUGUCAUUAUCGCAUUAUGUGUUUUGUCAAUAUACCUUCUGGAAUCACCCCGAACCUAUAGUCGUGCCGACUAAGGUUCCAGACAACGCGCAAGCUGCCAAUGGACUUGUUUUACAAAAAGAUAGAUUUAAGUUUGACGACUGCAGGGACUUCACCAUCAACGUAACCGAAGAAUUCUUAGAACAUUGUACAGAAGGGGCACUCUCUAUAGAAGUGUGGGGUAAUCGCAGUGCUGGCUUCUCCAAACAUAAACCAGGAUGGGAAGUGGAGCAACAACUGGCCGCGAAAGCCAGAUCUUUGGUGGACAGAUGGUCGGAACUUACCAGGAAAAUCGAGGUUUGGGUCGAAAUUCAGGAACUGAACGAGCAAGGGGAGUACGUUCCUGUCGAAGUUAUCAACAGGAACGAACUCCUCACCGGCGGUUGCUAUCAACUACGUCAGGGUCAACAGAGACGGAUAGUUGUCAGGGUUAAACCGGUACAGAAUUCGGGAACGUUACCAAUCAUCGUCCAGCAAAUCAUGUCAAUCGAAGUGGGCAGUGUCAUUGUCAGGAGCCGCCUGCAGAAACAGCUCGACUCCUACCAGGAGGAGGAUCUGACGAUUCUUAGGGAAAAAUGGAGUGAGGCUUUGCUCAGGAGAAAAGAGUACCUCAAUCAGCAGAUAAAUAGACUUCUUGAGAAACCUGACAAAUCGGAACAGGACCUGGAACGCGAACAGAGUUUGAUGGACCAAUGGGUCAAUCUAACGGAAGAACGCAACGCAGUCUUAUUGCCCGAUCCUGGAACUGGUAUUCCUGGUGCGCCAGCUGUCUGGACUCCGCCUCCAGGAAUGGAACCAUAUGUACCUGUUUUAUUUUUGGACCUUAACGCCGAUGACUUAUCUACACACCAAUCUGGGGAGGAAUUGCAAAUAGCUGGUGCCGAUUCAAUUCUACCCAAAGAACAUGGAAGUACUUUCUACAAUCUCCAUAUUCUGCAUAGUUUGGAGAAGGACGUGUGCGCUGUUGCCAGCUGGGAUUCUUCCAUACACGACAGUGCACAUCUGAAUAAAAUCACAGAUAAAACGGAGAGAGUGUAUAUGAUCCUGAGAACAACGGUUAGAUUGUCCCACCCAGCACCUAUGGACCUCGUGCUCAGAAAACGUUUGGCCUUGAACAUCUACAAGCAGUACAGCUUGAGGGACCGGUUGAAGAGGAGAAUCGAGAGGUUGGAUCCCAUCGCCCACACCGGCGUUACGUAUGAAGUGGUGUCGAAUGUGCCGAAGGCCAGCGAAGAGCUGGAGGAUCGCGAGUCCCUAGCGCAGAUCGCUGCAUCCGGAGAGGAAUCGUCUUGGGGCGACGGAGAAAGCUAUAUAGAGAAAUACACGAAAGGUGUCAGUGCUGUGGAGAGUAUAUUAAUGUUAGAUCGGCUUCGACAGAAUGUGGCUGUCAAAGAGCUUUUGCAAGCUAAGGGUCAGCCCCUUAUGCGAAAGACAGCCAGCGUACCAAAUUUCCAGCUUCUGAAGAACCUGAGUACCGAGUCGCUGCAGAUGUCCAGGUCGGAGAGCGUGUCCGAGUUGAACAGCGACUUGCACGGGGUGUCUCCUCUCAAGGGUCGUCUCAGUUUCACCAAAGACGCCGAAGCAUCGCCAUCCAAACCCUUCGGACUUGCUCGUCCAACAUUCCUGAAUUUGAACAUCAACUUGAAUUCUUUAAGACUCCAGCAGCCUCCUGGAACAUCUAAACGUUUAACUUCGCCAGCGAAUGCGAAAAUUUCAAGGAUGACUACCCUUCACGAGGAGCAGCAUGCGUCUACACGCAAACAUUCUCUCGAUUUCAUUUUAGAUGAAAAUUUAGAAGACGAGGAUGAAGACGAUAAUAACUACGAAAAAGUGUCCCAAAUGGUGGGAACUAAAUCGGGCAAUCACACCCUUCGCCGAAGGAUACCCACCUCCAGGACCCUCGAGUCUCUACUCACAGACCCCCCAAUCAGUAACACGCCAUCUACCAGUUCAAGCGGUUACGGCUCGCAGGCUGUCUCCUCCAGCAAUUUAUCCAGCGAAGAUUCCGUAUCAGUUAAAAGCAUAAGUAUCGAUGGUACGCCGGAGAACGACAUGAAGCAGUGCACCCUGAACGAAUCUAAGCCGGUCGAGAAGACGCAAGAGUACAUUUCCAACGAAACGUCGUCUCCGGAGAACAACCAAGAGAAUAACCCUCACGAGGAACUGUCGGUUUCCGAAUCUAGUCAUAACGAUGUAUCCAGCAAGAGUACAACCGUCGUAGAAACCAAGGUGGUCAAGAGAAAAAAAUCGUUGACGAAAAAUCCAGACAGGGCUUCGUUCCCUCAGAUGACUUCGAAUUCUGUCGGUAGCUUCAUGGAAGACGACAGGAUGAACCAAACUGAGAAAUUUGAAGAAUAUACAGAACAUUACGAUUUGAAGGCCGACUUGCCAGACUGGGUGACAAUCGGAGAGAGCGUCCUGAUCAGACCCUACAAUUCGUCGGGGGUGAUAGCGUACAUAGGCGGUACGGAAUUUUCGGGGGGCACCUGGAUAGGUGUAGAAUUGGACGCGCCCAAAGGGAAAAACGACGGUUCGGUGCAGGGGGUCAAGUACUUCAGCUGCAAGCCGAAGCACGGGAUGUUCGUCAGGGCUGAUAAGCUCAUUUUGGACAGGAGGGGAAGGGCUAUGCGGUUGUACAAGACGGAAUCGCACAAGAGUAAAUGCCCCUCUAAGAGUGACAAUCUUAUCAGGCCCCAUUCUCGUGGUGAUGGCUUAAAUCAUAUUGGUACUAGAUCAAGUUCAAAAGCUAAGUAACUAACUACCCUGUUUAAUUAGUCCACCCAAUCCAUAUGUGUAGUUGAUAGUUAUGCCGUCCGUUUAAUUGGCAUGUUAUAUUUCUUAUAGUCCAUUUAUGCAAAAAAAAAUUAAUAACCAAAAAGGAAGAAUUUAUCAGAACUGAAAACAAAAUUUUUUUAAUUGUGUUAUUUUUUGUAUCUCAAGUAGAGAACAACGUGAAGAUUUGAUUAUUCGAAAACCAUUACAUGGAAUUUUAUUAUGGUGUUGACAAAUUUCGAUAAUUGAAAUUGUUUUUGAGUGAGAAUGGAAAUUGAUUCUUCGACAAUAUCAGACUUGAUUAUUUUCAUUUUAUGAUGAAAAUUUCCUUUCAAAUAAUAACGUAAAAAUAUUGUUACCAAGGAUUAUGUUCUUUUAUUUUAGGUUCAUCCUGAAACUUGACCCCUAUUUUUCGAUAUUAAUUUCUAAAAUAUCGUUUCUUUAUCAGUUCACUUUCAGAAACUGACCAAUCAGGGUACAAACACUGAAUGAAGGGGUGAAAUAAAUGGUUUGCUCUAAAUGGUGCUAAAAAAAUAUCCUUGGUAAUAUUCUUACGCAGUGAUUUUAUGUUAUUUCAAUUUAUACAGAGUGAGUUUUGGGUGUAUAUACGGUAAAAUCUACUAACAAAAGAAAACCAACAACAAAUUCGGUAUAAGUAUUUUAAUUCUGAAAGACCCACUCUGUAGGAACUGUCUUUGUAACAUUAGAAAUAUUUUCAUCGAGAUUACGAAUGUAACCAUCAGAUCACUGACUUCUAUAAUGGUAUAGAAUCGGGAAUAUUUCAUAGAAUCAGAUGAAGGCAUAUUCGAUCCUAUAAACAAUAAAAGAAUUCAAAUUUAUAGUAAUAUUUGUCGGGGUUUUAAUCAAAAGCAAGCUAUUGCAGUUUUAUUAAUUCGUGUUGUGCAAUAUAUGUGUACUCAAAUUAGAGAAAAAUUUUUAACGAUUCCACCAUGAAGUAUAGAAAUAAGUGAUUGUAGAUUACACUUGCCAUGAAUAUUCAGUUAGAAUUUCAACUUGUUUUUUAUCAAGAUUUACAUUUUGCCAGUAAUAUUGUUGAUACAAGGUAUGAGUGCGAUUAAACCAUUAUCUGUAAAUUUACAAAAACAAAAAUACAGGUAUCGGAUUGUAUAUUGAGAGAAAUAGUAUCAUUUUUAUCAAUCAGUAUUCAAUGAUAUUUUUAUUCGAUUAAUAUAAAGACCAUAUGAUUUCAAUCAGAUUUAUAUGUAUUAUAAUGAGCAGAAUAUAUUGGAGAAAUAACACUAUUUUAGAACAUAUAAAAAAUAUUGAUAUCAGUUUGGAAUUUAUUAGUAGAAGUGAAGUAAUGAUUAUUAUUGAUUGUUGCUUCAUAAUUCUUUUCUGAAAAUUGGUACUUACGUACAGGUUCAUUUGGAGAAUCUAUGUAAUUGGUGAACCCAUUUCUUGUUUUAUUUGUGUUAUUCUUUUAUAUUUAUUCCAACAGAUUUAUAUUGAAACGAAUAUAACUGAUCAAGAUAGCAACUAAUUUCGCUUUUAUUUCAUAAGGUUAAUCUAUCUAUCCACACUUCUCUAUUGCAAUUAUUCAAAAAGCAUUUUAUUGAUUGUUUAAAAAGAUACUUUCAUCAGUUCUGUGAUAUUUUUUGAUUGACAUUGUUUCAUGUAUUAUUUUUCAAAACUGUUUUAAUAUCCGGAAUUAUUAGGUUACUUGCUUUUAGAGCAGUUAGAUAUGAAGUCCAAAGUAUUCGCAAAAUUUGUGUCUUUAGUAAUAAGCUAUUGUAGAUAUAGAUUUUCUGUAUUUUUCAUUUCGAAAAUGCCAUAAUAUAAGGAUAUGCGAAGAAGAGCAACCAUGAUUUUCCCUAUUAAAUGAUGCAAGGUGCAUUGGGGUAAGUGAAACUUUCUCAUAUACUAGUUAUAAUUUUUCGAAUGAUGUAGGUGACUCAAAUUUCGGUAAUUUUUUGUAAUAAUUCUGGUAAUUCCAACUGAAAGACCAAAAAAGCUUUUUUAGUCGUCGUUUUUUUUUUCAAUGCAAUUUUUACAGUAUGUUGAGGAGGUUUCAGUCACUCCUUUUACCUGUCAACUUUUCCAAAUAUUUAUUGAAGUUUAAUUGCUCUAUUUCUUCAUCAUUAUAUUGAUAUAGUAACUCUUUGUCUGUCCUUAUGUUUAGAAAUACUACAAAUGAAAUUCAUGAGCAGCCAUCUGGUUCCGCUCUGAUGAGUACGCAAUACGGUUUAGUUGUUAGAAUUGGUUGCUCAAUGAUAGAAUAAAUUGUAGAGGUAGGUUUGGUCGUCCAAACCCUGUGUGACGGGAUAGAAUAAAAGCUAGACCUACCCAAACUGUCCGUGAAACUCUGUCCAAUGUGGAAGUAGCCACAAAAGAAAGAAAAACAACAUCCGCUUGCUCUUGCCUACUUUUUGUCAUUGCAGUGUCUCACAAAAAAAAAACACUCCUGAAAUAUGAAUGGGAAAUAAAUCUAAAAUGCCUUGAAAUUGACAUCAAAUCAUGCUUAUCUUAAUGACAUCUCUGCAAUCUAGAAGAGAUUCUAUUUUUGUGUUUAGACUAUUUGAAAAUGGAUAAGAGUUCCUUCUGGACAUAUCUUGGAUAAUAAGUAAAUAAAUAAUUCAAUAUGAAGUUCAGCUGAAUUACGUUUUGUUGGAAUAGCAAUUUUUGAACGUAUAUUUGUGCUAAGAAUUAAAGUGAUAUGCUGAGGUUUUCUGUUAAUUUCAAGGCUAUGGUAUAUUACUGGCUGUACCAUAAAAAUCGCUUCUUUUCAUUUAUUUGUAUUGGCAUUACACUAAAAGUAAUUACUUGCUAUUCGCUAAUCACUGGCACAUUAUAGUGACUGCUUAUGUCUUUGCCACUUGUACAUUUUGCAAUGUAAAUAAAAGUAGCUGUUGUCAUAUAGGUCGCUUAUUUCAUCAUUUUAUUAGAUAACUUCUAUGUUGUUAAUUCCAUUUAAGCAGCUAUUUAUGAUUGAUACGAUAUAUAAUAAGUAUUUAAUAUAUUAUACAUAUUGUAAAUUUUGUUAUUCAUUUUCUCUAUUUUUUGUAAUAGAUAACCAAUUGUAGUAUCACUACUACAGGCAAUUUCAAUAAAACAUAAUUUUGA